AUGAAUCCAUCAAGCUCAUCAUCUACCACAACCACAACCACAACAACCAAUAGAAACACUUCAACAUGGGGAUACUACACAAAUUUAUUAUUAACUUAUAUGACAGAACCAAAUCCACUUGAGGAAACAAGAAGAACUAUUUCAAACUUAACAAAUAGAUUUGGUGAUACACAUCCAACAUUCAGAAAUGGUAUUUAUACAGAAACAGUUUCAUUUGCAAGAAGUAAAUUUAAAUUUUUGAUUAUUUAUGUUCACUCAUCAAAGAACCCCAAUGCAAAUAGUUUUUGCAAGGAUGUAUUAUUUACAAGAGAGUUUAAAGAGUUUAUAGACGAACAUUUUGUAUUUUGGGCAUGUGAUAUUAAUACAUCAUUAGGUCUUAGAAUUAGCAAUUUCUUAAAAGCAACCUCUUAUCCAUUCCUUUCAAUGAUCAGCUGCAACAACAUUCCUGGCUUAACAAGCACUUCUGAUCCGGUUCAAUUAGAAUCCUUCCAAGACACACAACUAUUAACAAAACAGUCAACCAUUGAUGCAAUUAGAGAUCACUUUGCAUAUUAUGAACCAUCUUUAAUUUCAGCAAAAGCCGAUAAUGACUUAAGAGAACAAGACAGAUUUAUUAGACAAGAACAAGAUGAAGAAUACUUGAAAUCAUUAAAAGCAGAUCAAGAAAAAGAAAGAAUUAGAUUAGAAAAAUUAGAGCAAGAGAGAUUGGAGAGAGAAAGAGAAGAACAAGAGGAAAGAGAAAGAUUAGAAUUUGAAAAUAGACUUUUAGAAAGAAAAGAAAAUAAAAAAAAAUAUUAUCAAGUUGAGCCAUCUUUAAUUAAAGGCUCAAACGAUGUUACAAAAUUAGUUAUUAGACUUCAUGAUGGCUCUAAAAUUCAAAGAAACUUUUUAAUCUCCAGUACAAUCGAAUAUGUUAUGGACUAUAUUGACACUUUAAUUCAAGAACCAAUCGAACACUAUGUUUUAUCCACAAAUUUCCCAAAAAAAAGAUUAACCAAUUUAUCUGUCACCUUAAAAGAUGAAAGUUUAUAUCCAGAUGCAGUUUUAUUUUUAUCUGAAAAUUAA